AUGGCCUCUUCAUCACAAUUUGUUGUCAAAGCACAUUUCAACGGUGAGACAUACAUUUGUCCCACAGUUGGGUUUUUGUUUAGAAACACCGACAACGUUCGAUUUCUCUUAAACGGGAAAGCAAAUUUCUCGUACUUCAAGAAAAGAUUGGAGGCCAAACGUGAACGAGGCCCGGUAUCCCAGAUAUUUUAUCAGAAUCCAGUUUUUUUUGGAAACAGCCAAGUAAUUUUUUAUAAGGUUGAAGUUCAAGAUGACGAGGAUCUCCAGAACAUGAUUUCCAGCCAUGUCUAUUUUGGAUACGAUUCUAUUGAGUUGUACGUUUUGCUUCAAGAGCCUCCGGUGACACAGGAGGUAGAGCCUCCGGUGACACAGGAGGUAGAGCCUCCGGUGACACAGGAGGUAGAGCCUCCGGUGACACAGGAGGUUGAUCCUUUGGAGAAUGAACAAGAUGAGGUAGAUGCAGUUGAUGAUGAAGAAGAAGAUAACGAGUUAGAGUUUGAUGAAAUGGUGAACGACGAUUCUGACGAUGAUGGCAUCCCAAGUAUUCCUACUGACAAAAUCUACACACCACCUCCGCACAUGACAAACUUCAACAUGGGUGGAGAUGAACCUUCUACUAACUUGUUUUUCCAACCGUAUAUGCAGUCGGAUGAAAAUUUAAAAGAGAAGGACAAGUUUCGUAACAGAGAGGAAUGCAUCAGGGCCAUCAAAAAAUUUCACAUGCUCAACUCGGUUGAUUUUAAGGUGGAUCGUGUAAACCCAGAAAGAUACAAGAUCAAGUGUGUCCACCCUGACUGUAUGUUCAAGCUGACCGCAUCAUACAGAUUAAGGGGUGACUGCUGGGUCAUAGGUUCCAUGACUACCCAUACUUGUGUAAGUUCCACUCAAUCACAAGACCACCGAAAACUCAACCAUGAUCUAAUCUGUCAAGAAAUCCUACCCCUGGUCAGCAACGACCCUUCUUUGAAGGUGAAAACAAUCAUCUCCCACAUCACCACGGUUUUUAACUACACUCCAUCUUACCGUAAGGCGUGGUUAGCAAAGACUAAGGCGAUUGAAAGGGUGUACGGAAACUGGGAGGAGUCCCACGAGGGGCACUUAGUGCUAUUUAUAGUGAUUGGAAAAUCACAAGACUCGAGGUCAUUUAAUGUCUCAGACAAGAGUGGGGCACGUGGCGCUCAUUUGGUGAUGAGGCCGUUCUGCAGAACGGAAGUGAUGCAGCGUGCGUCCUCGAUUUCGGGGAAUCGUCAUGAUGACAAUCUGUGA